CCUCUAGCUGCAACCGCGGCUGCUUCCUGGACUCUUUGUUGCCUCGAGACGAAGAAAGGUUGCUAGCUGCCUCCUCUGGUUUCGCCACUCUUCGUCUGCGCCCCAGACCGAGUGGACGCUACCUACUCGUCUCCGAUGCCUCUCUCCAGCCUGCUUCAAGCCCUUUCAUUUUUCGGUGUGGCCACAACACUGAGUUCUGAAGUUCCACCGAUGUGAUGUCCAUCGCGUGCUGCUUACCGGUCGUCGAAUGCGUGUACUGCCUGGCAUGUACACGGUGGGUGUGGCAGCGCUGCCUCCACACCACUGGCUAUGACAGCGAGACCUGGGGCCUCGCGUCGUCGGGGGAGUUCGAGCCUGUGCCCCGGCUAUGCCGAUUCAUACUCGCAGUAUAUGAGGAUGACCUUGAAGAUCCGCAAUGGGCGCCUCCGGGGGGCUAUGGCAUCGAGCCCCGGUGGGUGGUGCGCCGGAGGACAUACGAGCACACGCGGGGUCAUGCUCCGACAUACCUGUUGUACGUCGACCACCGGCAUUCCGACGUCGUGCUCGCCGUUCGGGGGAUGGACAUGGCGAAAGAGAGCGACUACGGUGUGUUGCUGGACAACAGGAUCGGGCAGAGGAGGUUCGACGGCGGCUACGUGCACAAUGGGUUGCUCAAUGCUGCCGAGUGGGUGUUUGAUGCCGAGUGUGAUGUGCUGAGGGACCUGCUGCACAGGAAUCCUGGCUACACGCUCACCUUCGCAGGGCAUUCUCUUGGUUCCGGUGUCGUGGCCAUGCUGGCACUGGUGGCAGUGCAAAAUAGGGAGCGGCUGGGUGGCGUGGAGAGGAACAGGAUACGGUGCUUCGCGAUGGCGCCUCCCAGGUGUAUGUCGCUCAAUUUGGCGGUCCGUUAUGCGGAUGUCAUUAACGCAGUUAUUCUUCAGGAUGAUUUUCUGCCCCGCACAGACAUUCCUUUGGAAGAUAUCAUCAAGUCACUCUUCUGCUUGCCAUGCCUGCUAUGCGGUAAUUGCCUCAUAGACACAUGUAUACCUGAAAGUGUCAUGUUGAGAGAUCCAAGGCGUCUGUAUGCACCGGGCCGGCUUUACCACAUCGUUGAAAGGAAACCUUUCAGGUGUGGAAGAUAUCCGCCUGCCGUAAGAACAGCGGUUCCAGUUGAUGGUAGAUUUGAGCACAUUGUUCUUUCUUGCAACGCAAUUUCUGACCAUGCUAUUAUCUGGAUAGAAAGGGAAGCCCAAAGAGCUAUAGAUUUGAUGUUGGAGAGCGAGAGAACCAUGAUAGCGCCUGAGAAUCAAAGGAUGGAUGCUGAAACCACCUUAACAAGGGAUCACGGUGAGGAGCACCAGGCGGCCUUGAGGCGCGCUGCUACGCUAGGAAUCGCGGAUGUUAAUCUGCCAUCACCAUACGGUACGUUUAAUGAAAACAUGACCCUUGAGCCGGAUGAGGGGUCUCCAGUCCUGUCUGAGAGCGGCAGACGCAGAAUGGUCUGGAAUGAGUGGAUCGCGAGGAUAUUUGAGAAGGAUGAAUCCGGGCAAAUGGUUCCACGAAGAUGAUCUAGUCUUGUGUCGAAAUUAGAAAUCUGUACAGCUGAUUCUUGGUACGUAGUUGAUCCUUUCACGGGUUCAAGCCUGUUUUGGAAACAUGUCACCUGUCACAAGCAUGUUCAUCCGGGCAAACAGUGUUGAAGGAAGUAGGGAUCGUUGUUGUAGGUGAGUAGGUCAAGGUAUAUUUAUAGGUGAAGAGUAUAUGUUGAUCAAUUUAUUUUUCCUUCUAGCUCAAAUUUUGUCAUUUUAAGCAUCAUAUAUUUUUUAUUUUGGGACAA